AUGACCGACCGGUCUGACUCUGAUCACCUCGCCAACGGUCCUGCCACCGUCGCCGACCAUGAUCGUCCCUCUGAACCUGAUCGCCGACCUUCCCCAGACUCCGAUCGACGGGACUCAGACGAGCGAGACCGAGAUGCUCUGGAACUCCACGAGAUCGAAACCCAAGACGACGCCGCCACCUCGACGGCGUCCAUCUCGUCGGGUGAGUAUCGCAUCACGACGCACCGCACCGCAUCGCGAACCAGUCAGCGGACGGUGCAGAGUCGGGCGCCACGCAAGGGGUUCGCGGGCUAUGUGCAGCGGUUCUGGACGCGCAACGUCGUGUUGACGGUGCCGCAGAAGAGCAAUCGGGAUCAUUUCGCCCUCGAACGGACAUUCCUGGCAUACAUCCGCACGUCCGUCAUCCUAGCCAUGCAGGGCGUUCUGGUUGCACAGCUGUUUCGUCUGCAGCAUUCCACCUCCUCCAAUUCGCGCCUCGGAUAUCAUGAAGUAGGCAUUCCCCUGUCGGUCGCGUGCCACGCAGUCGCAAUCCUAGUGGCCUUGAUGGGGGCGCAUCGCUUUUUCAAACAACAGAAUGCUGUGGCGCUGGGGACUGUGUAUGCGGGGGGAUGGGAGUUGAAUUGUAUUGGGGUGUUGAUUGGUUUGGUAAUCCUGACAACAUUCAUCCUCUGCGUCAUUAUAACCGUGGAGAUUGAGACUCACGAGUCGUAA